CUUUGCCUGUCUUCUCUCUGGCACUACCUGUAUAAUCUAGGUGUUUCCUUCUCCUCCCCAUUUUCCAGGUGUGGCAUUUAGGUAAUGUUUUCCCUGCCUCCCUUUUUCAUUCGUCGCUGGGAUCAAGGCCUGAGAACUUGACUGUUUCUGUAAAGAAAGGCGCAAAUUUAGGCUGCAAUUUGAUCCUAUCCUUCACCGAGUGCGGCUGCAGAGAAGAAGCCAGAAAGCCAACGCAGGGGGAUAAAGGACCACGAGAUGGAAACGGCAAGGACAAAUGGGACCGCAGGCAAGCCAGAGGAAGCCAAGACCCCCACUUCGCCCAAGAAAGAGACAGAAGAAGGGAAGAAAUCCAGCAGCCCAAACAAAGCUGAGAAAGAAGCCAACAAAAACAAUGUGGCGCCAAACCUGGAGACAACCCAACUCAAGAAUUCGAUGUAUGCCGGAGGUGACUGGAAGAGACCGAUCAUCCAAUUUGUGGAAUCAUCAGAUGAGAAGAGGUCAACCUACUUCAACAUGGAGUCCGGGGAGGCUAAGAAGUCAGGUUUUCCCGCUGGAGGAGAAACUCGGAGGUCCCAGGUCACUUUUCCAGAGCGAGGAGAUUUGAGGAAGCCCCUGUUCAACGUGGAGACCAAGAAACCUUUCGGCAGCGAAGGAGAAGGGAAGAAGCCCAUGUUUUCCAGUGGGCAGAUUGCAGAUCUAAGAAAACCUAUCCUCACCACCCUAGGGGAAACUGGAGAGACCAAAAGGACCAACUUCAACCGGAUCAGUAGAGUACCUACCGGAAGACCCCGGGUGGCUCUGGAAGAGGUCUUUUGUGACUCUUGCAUCGACAACAAGCAGAAGGCGGUGAAGUCCUGCCUGGUGUGUCAAGCCAGCUUCUGUGAGCUUCACCUGAAGCCCCACUUCGAAGGGGCUGCUUUUCGAGACCACCAGCUGCUGGAUCCCAUCAAAGACUUUGAAGCCAGGAAAUGCCCCAUCCAUGGCAAGACCAUGGAGCUCUUCUGCCAGACCGACCAAGUCUGCAUCUGUUACCUUUGCAUGUUCCAGGAACACAAGAACCAUACCACCGUGACGGUAGAAAUUGAGAAAUCGGGAAAGGAGACCGAACUCUCUUUGCAAAAAGAACAGCUGCAGCUGAAGAUCGUUGAGCUUGACGAUGAAGUGGACAAGUGGCACAAGGAGAGAGACCGUAUCAAGAAUUUUACCGCCAACGAAAAAGCCACCGUAGACCAACAUUUCAAAGAGCUGAUCCGUGACUUUGAGAAACAGCGGGAUGAGGUCAAGGCCGGCCUGGAUCACCGGGAGAAGAUGGCCGUGGAGAACAUCAAGGAGAUUGUGGAGGAACUGGAAGAGAGAGUCAAAUUGUUGCAGGAGGACAAGGAAACCAGGGAACAGAUUGGCCUAAUCAGCGACUCUGUGCUCUUCCUACAGGAAUUUGGAGCAAUGAUGAGAAGCUAUGUUAUCCCUCCAUCUCUGCCGACAUACAGCAUCUUGCUUGAAGGAGAGAACAUGAGUCCAGCAAUGGGGAUACUCAGAGAUGACCUCCUGAAUGUAUGCAUGAGGCACGUUGAGAAGAUCUGCAAGGCAGACCUUAGCAGGAAUUUCAUUGAGAGAAACCACAUGGAAAAUGGCGAUCACCGUUACAUGAUGAACAACUUUUCCGACUGGAACCAGCCAGAUAACCUGAAGAGGUUUUCCAUGUUCCUGAGUCCAAAAGGAGGAAAUUUAGGAGGGAAUUUAGGAGGGAAUUACAACACCCGAGGUUGGGAAUUUUCUUCCAUGCAAACGGCCGAAGAGACACUUGCAACCGGGAACUCGGCGUUCUCCCUGAAAGUUGGCAAUGGAACCAAGAUGCCAUAUCAAUUUCCCCCAAUUGGCCAGAGUUCACCUGGGGAUUUCAGCAAGCAAUCUGACGGAAGCCUCUAUACUAAGAAUGCUUAUCCUUCCAUUGUGAGGCACCAGACGGCUAAGGCACAGCCGCAGACCUGGAAAUCUUCCAAGCAAAGCAUGCUGUCUCAUUACCGUCCCUUCUACGUCAACAAGGGCAAUGGCGUCACUUCCAAUGAAGCCCCGUGAGCAAGGCGGAGGUGGAAGAAGACAAGUAACCAGAAUGUCCAUGGAUAUUCCCGCUAUUGUAUUAAUCAAAUCGUCCUAAUUCUUUCUUUCUUUCUUUCUUUCUUUUAAGUGGGGGAGGGGUGGGUGGAUGCUCUAGAGGAAAGGAUGUACAUCUCACCCUGGGCGGAAAUGGGUCCCACUGUGCUCUUUUCGAUCCAUGCUUUGCAGCCCUUGAGAACUAAGUUCACUCCAGAUGGAUGUUGGUUGACUAAUGGAUCCCCCUUUCCUCAUGUAACUGCUUUGCUCUUACUAAUGCCUUGCCAGUGUUUACUCAGCGUAUUCCCAAGACACAUUGGGUUUAAGCAAACGAGCUGCUGCUUGAAACUGUGACUUUAGCAGCCCAUUUCUAGCUGCGGGUCCAACUGUUGCUGACAUUAAUGGAGACUUGGUUGGCCGACACCAUUCCAAGGCCAUCUGCUUUGUCACUGCAAUCAGAAUAAGAGAAUAACAGAGUCAGAAGGCGCCUUGGAAGUCUUCUAUUCCAACCCCCUGCCGAGGCAGGAAACCCUACACCUUUUCAGACAAAUGGCUAUCCAACAUUUUCUUAAAAAUUUCCAGUGUUGGAGCAUUCACAACUUCUGGAGGCAAGUUGUUCCACUGGUUGAUUGUUCUUACUGUCAGGAAGUUUCUCCUUAGUUCUAGGUUGCUUCUGUCUUUGUUCAGUUUCCAUCCAUUGCUUCUCGUCUUGCCUUCAGGUGCUUCGGAACCAAAGAAUCGAAGAAGUACCCUAAAUAUUAACUGCUUCCCUCUGGCUGCUAGUCAGGUGACGGUAGUGAACCUGUAGCAUUUCUCCUCCUCCUGCUGGUUGUUCAAAUUGCAGAAGAAAAGAGGAGAGAGCGAGAGAGAGAAAAAAAAUCCAUAGAAGAUUGAUUAGAUGUCUUAGCUAUGCUCUUCUCCUCCGCUGAUGAUACUGGCUGAUGUGCUUUGGUUCAGCGGUUCGGUUUACAUUUGAGGGGAAUUAUUUUUAAAAGCGGGUGCAUGUGGGUGCAUCUUCCCUUUGGUUUCUUUCUCGUUGGACGGGAAGAAUCAGGCCAAGGAUGAGUGGAUGCCUGGGCAAUGUUCCAGACUGAAAGAAUGUCUUAGAGUUGCCAGGGAAACCAGAUUGUCUGAUCUCGGAAAUUGGUAUCUAAACUUCAACGUCUCCCACAAGAUUGAGGGGGGUCUUCUCGGUCUCCAAAUUUGGGAGAGCCGGAAACGGUUGGGUGCAUGAAGAAUGCUUUCCAAGGAUAAACCUUUUAAGGAGGUGACAGGGCUGAGAAGUGAAUGUUAUGUUGGGUUUCAGUCUAGACUGUUGUUUUUUGGUCUUGCACAGUAGACAUCCUUGUCCAUUCCAAUGUAUGCAAUAAAAAUAAACACACAUCAGCACCCUCUGAUGGCAUUCCUACCAGAAUAAGGGAGAACUGUUUAAAAUGACUUGAAGGAAUAUGCCUGCCUGCCUUCCUUCCUUCCUUCCUUCCUUCCUUCCUUCCUUCCUUCCUUCCUUCC